UCCAGGCGAUCGAGACGCGCGUUGAGAAAAGCAAAUGAGUGAGCAGUGAUUCGCAGUUCGGUGUUAUCGGUAUCAAAUACAGAGAAAGAGAUCGGUGAAUCGUGACCAGUGACCUAGUGAUCAGUGAUCAGUCUUACUUGGAAGUACUCUCGCAGAAAUAAUGGAUAAACUCAAGUACAGCCGCUGUCCGCUCAAGAAGCGUCCGAUAAUGGUGGAGGAGUCCUAUCAGGAGGAUCACCUAAGUCACGACGAAGGACCCGUGGACUUGAGUGUGGCCUCGGCAGCUGUUCCCCUGGAACCACAUUGGUCGGCAAAAGCCGAACCAGAACCGCAGGCUGUGCCUACGGAGCUGAGGCGUCGCUUUGAUGCCGCCAUGAAUCAGACCAAGGAGCAGCUGGCCCGCCGCAUUUGGGAGGAGACCCGUGAGAUAGCUCGUGCCUUUCCCGAUGUCUUUACCCGCGAAGAGAUUGCCAAGAGCCUGGCACGUUUGGGUUAUGGGGAAUUCGAGUUGCCACCCGAAGAGGAGGUCAUGGAACCCGAACCAGAGCCAGAACCCCAGACCGAGCCAGAGCACCAGAUGCCACUGAGCUAUGCCAGAGAGUCCACCAAUACCAUGAUCAAAGUAGAGCCCACCGAGCAGGACUUUCCCCUGCGGAACUACAACAAUAAUCUGCUCAAAAGCAUAGCGGAGUAUGAGGAUUGCAUGAAGAUGCAGCCUAUAAAGGAGGAGCACGUGCCACAGCCGCCGAUGUACUACCCACCGCCCACUCCACUCGCCGAGCCCGAGGAUCUCUCUGUGACCCAAAGACGGGUGCUUAGCGAGAACAUGAAUCUGCAGAAUGUGGCCAGGGCGCUGCUUAGCAUGCAGCAUAUGGCGCCGCAUACGCAGCAGCAUCCUCUGCCGCCACAGGACAUGGAGGAGGACCAGGAGAACCAGGACCACAAUCCGCUGAAGAUCAAGAGCAGCAACGAUCUGUACUACCAGUGCCAGCAGUGCAACAAGUGCUACUCCACUUAUGCCGGUCUGGUGAAGCACCAGCAGACCCACGCCUACGAGAGCACCGAGUACAAGAUCAUCCGGAGUCAGCCGGGUGGAUCUGGUCCCAUUGUGGACCAAACAGAGUUCUGCACGGAUCAGGCAUCGGCUCUUAUCCAGGCAGCCAAUGCCGCCUCGGCGCAGAGCAUGCAGAAGCCGGUGGGCGUGCCAAGGUAUCACUGCCAGGACUGUGGCAAGAGCUACUCCACCUACUCCGGCCUGUCCAAGCACCAGCAGUUCCACUGUCCCUCGGCGGAGGGCAACCAGGUGAAGAAGGUGUUUAGCUGCAAGAACUGCGACAAAACCUAUGUCUCUCUGGGCGCCCUCAAGAUGCACAUUCGCACCCACACGCUGCCCUGCAAGUGUCCCAUUUGCGGCAAGGCCUUCUCGCGACCCUGGCUCCUCCAGGGACACAUCCGCACCCACACGGGCGAGAAGCCCUUCAGCUGCCAGCACUGCAACCGGGCCUUUGCAGAUCGCUCCAAUCUCCGGGCUCACAUGCAAACCCACUCGGAUGUGAAGAAGUACUCCUGCCCCACCUGCACCAAGUCCUUUUCCCGGAUGUCCCUGCUGGCCAAGCAUCUGCAGAGUGGCUGCCAGAGCGAUCAGAACGGCGGUCCUGGAGGCUCCUCUGGUGGUGGUUUCGAUCAGCAGCAGCUGCAGCAGCAUCUCCAGGGCUACGAGGAGGGUCACAAUCCCCACCAGGUCUACUAUGCCGGCAGCGUGGGCAGCAGCAAUGGCGAGGAGGAGGAGGCCGGCGACUACCCCUUGCCGCCGCCAUCAGCUAUAUAUUAAGAAGCACACACACACACAAGUCAGUUUAGCCAAAGUUACACCAAGUCAGAUUCAGGGAAAAGUCAGUGCCAAAAAUUAGUCAGCGCAAUUAUAUUGCCUCUUAGGGUCUCUAGUUUAUCACAAAUAUUUAUUUAGCAUUAUCCCCUAAUUACACCCCUUAAAUAUUUAUCCAAUCACAUCGAAGUUAGUAGCUAGUUUUAGGGUCCGUUGUUGCAGGUUGUUUUCGUUGACAAAUCCUUGUAUUAUAAAUCGUUGUUAAAACUCAUUCGUGUACAGAUCGAAAUGGUGCCACAGAAGAAACCCAUAUACCACAAGCCAACAAUUUAUUUUAAACUUAUAAUUUAUUUUAAUUUAAUAAUUAUGAUUUAAGCUAUGUAAAUAUGGUGAAGGUAGCCAGUUAUUUAUAAUUUCUUUUAAAUUAAUAAAAACAAAAGAAAAA